CUCACAGCUGCAUAUGCAAGCCCAAGCGACGAUGUGCACCUCAGACCCUACACAUCGACUCAUAUGCCUUACUGCGCCUUCUGAACCAGAUAAUACUCAAGUCUUCAUCAUUUCCACGAGGAUUUUCUUCGACCUCAAUAAAAUGGCAGCAGCAAUGCCAAUACCAUGGCAACAUUGGGGCCCCUCAAAUACUCGUAUCCUUCGGCACCCAUUUUAUUUCAAAAUUCACGUUAACGGAAACCGAGUCUUGCGGACACUCCCUGUCGGCACGCGCAACUCGCAGUUUAUAUUACAACUAUUUGACUUUAGCCCGCUAGCUGUGACAAACAGGCGGGGUCUAGGACGAGUGGUGAAAGAGCCAUCCACGACAUACAUCAGUGCCGAUGAAUUUGGCACACGUGGAGAGAGUUUGACAACAUCCCUGCCUUACGUCCAAGUCGUAUUUUCGAACAGAAAGUUCGAUUGUUCACUGUUGAGGGACGUGUGGAUCGACAAGGAUAGGAUUUAUAUGCUCUCCAGAUCACUGAGCUUUACUGACAGACUUGGGGUCAUUGACGUCCAGUCUGACUUACAGAGCGGUGUGGUAUCCACUAGUUUAUGAUUAGCUAGGUACUUAUGGAGAUCAUUGGUGGAGGAUACCA